CCUUAGGCAGAGGCGCUGAGAGGAGAGCGACUACGUUUUAGAAACGUGGCCUUAGGAAGGAGGAUGAGGCCCCCAGAUGCCGGAGCAUCCAUACUCCCGCUAAACGAAGCACGCGGCCCAGAAACUGACCGACCAGAGGACAAAGGGAACUGCGGGCCGUCCAAGUGUAGUGGGUGGCGUGGGGCAUGCUGGGAGGCGUGGUCCCUGUGCCUGGAGGACUCUGGAUGGUGUAGUCCCGGCGCCUGCUGGGGCUGGGGAGGGGGUGUCUCUCCCCAGCUGGUGGCUGGAGCAGCUCCUUGUUCUUUGGUGGCGUUGUACCUCCUGCUGGGGAGAACACUUUUGGGCUCCUGACUGCCCAGCUUCAGAUGUACUUUCAAGAUUCUGUCCUUCUUUGGAAAGGCUGGGAAAGGUGACUCCAGAGUCCCAGAGAGCCAAGGAAAUAGUGGUGCGGGGUCUAAUUGUGUGUGCCACCACUCCUGGCCAUUGUGGGAUCAUCAAAAGGGUGAAAGGAGAGGCAUUCGAGGAAAUAAUGGCCCCAUGUUUGAUGGAUGACAUGAAUAUGAACAGACAAGGAGCUCAGCAAAGUACAAGGUACACAUGGCAUUCAGAGAUGUGGCUGUGGAUUUCUCCCAGGAGGAGUGGAGCCUGCUGAGCCCUGCUCAGAGGUCCCUGUACAGAGAAGUGAUGCUGGAGAAUUACAGCAACCUGGUGUCUCUGGGAAUUCCAUUUUCAAAACCAAAACUCAUCACCCAGCUAGAGCAAGGGAAAGAAACAUGGCAAGAGGAGAGGAAAUGUCCACAGGUGGCUUGUCAAGCACAGGCAAAGCUGGAACUCUGCCCCAGUCCUGUCUGCCCUCCAGAUCCCACCAAUCAGAAACUCCCAGGGCAGCAUGGACUGAGUGAUCGUACCCCAUGGAUCUUCACAUGCCUGUGUGCAAAGCAUCACGUUGACGAAGGGGACUCCUGUCAUGGGGCCCAGGAAGAGCAGCAGCAAGCCUCUAAUAGGAACUCCUGCAGAGAUAAACCAGAAGGUGGAGAGCGAGAAGGUGCCAGGCCUUCAUCGAGGAGGAUAAAGAAAAGGAGUUUGGGAGCCCUCUCCAGGGCACCCCAAAGGCAGCCAGUCAGCUCUCGGAAUGGCAUCAGUAGGGUAGGGAUGGAGGCUAGCCCAGCUCAAGCUGGGAGCACUGAAGAACCCGAAAAGUUGCUGAAGCAAAUAGAAUUCUUGGGAUUUGGAACUGUCAACUGUGGAGAGUGUGGGCUGGGCUUCCGCAAGAUGACAAACCUGCUUAGUCACCAGAGGAUCCAUUCAGGAGAGAAGCCGUAUGUGUGUGGGGUGUGUGAGAAGGGCUUCAGCCUAAAGAAGAGCCUUGCCAGACACCAGAAGGCACACUCUGAGGAAAAACCCAUUGUGUGCAGGGAGUGUGGGCGAGGUUUUAACCGGAAGUCAACACUCAUCAUUCAUGAGAGGACACACUCGGGUGAGAAGCCUUACACAUGCAGUGAGUGUGGACGAGGCUUUAGCCAGAAGUCCAACCUCAUCAUCCAUCGGAGGACUCACUCAGGGGAGAAGCCUUACGUAUGCAGGGAGUGUGGCAAAGGUUUUAGUCAGAAGUCAGCUGUUGUGAGACACCAGAGGACGCACUUAGAGGAGAAGAGCAUUGUGUGCAGUGACUGUGGCCUGGGUUUCAGCGACAGGUCAAACCUCAUCUCCCACCAACGGACACACUCAGGGGCAAAGCCGUAUGCCUGCAAGGAGUGCGGGCAGUGCUUCAGGCAGAGGACAACCCUUGUCAAUCACCAGAGGACUCACUCAAAGGAGAAGCCUUAUGUGUGUGGCGUCUGUGGGCACAGCUUUAGCCAGAAUUCAACGCUCAUCUCCCACAGGAGGACGCACACUGGGGAGAAGCCGUUUGUGUGUGGGGUAUGUGGGCGACGCUUCAGUUUAAAGUCCCACCUCAACAGACACCAGAACAUUCACUCAGGGGAGAAGCCCAUUGUGUGCAAGGAUUGUGGUCGAGGCUUCAGCCAGCAGUCAAACCUCAUCAGGCACCAGAGGACACACUCCGGCGAGAAGCCCAUGGUGUGUGAGGAAUGUGGACGAGGUUUCAGCCAGAAGUCAAACCUCAUCGCACACCAGAGGAUCCACUCAGGAGAAAAGCCUUAUGUGUGCCGAGACUGUGGGCGAGGCUUCAGUCACCAGGCAGGGCUCAUCAGACACAAGAGGAAGCACUCGAGGGAGAAGCCAUACGUGUGCAGGCAGUGUGGACUGGGCUUUACCAACAAGCCAGCUCUGAUCACACAUAAGCGGGCACACUUUGAAGAGAGGCUCUGUGUGUGCGGGGAGUGUGGCCAAAGCUUUAUCCACAAGUCCCACCUCGCCUUACACCAGACGACACACCAGCGGGAGAAGACUUACACCUGCAGGACCUGUGGACAAGGCUUUAGACAAAGGUCUCACCUUAGCAGACACAGGAAGAAGAAAUGUGCCCACCACAAACUGCCCCUGCAGCCUGACCCUGAAGCCUGUUUGGGGCAGUCGUCUGACCCCUUCUAUUCUCUUUGAAAAGGAAGAUGAUGGAAAGGAUUCAUUGUCAAAAAUUCUUACACUUCCAUGAAGUAGAAAAAUGCACUUCAGAAAACCUAUGGACAGUAACUUAGCCUACUUCCUUUCCAGUCUCAUGUUGUGUGGCCUUUUGUCUAGUAAAAUUUGCUUCUUUACAAAUUU